CGCGUACUCUUCACUCGGCAGUUUUGAAGGGUAGCUCUUUCCGGUUCCGCACUGCGCGGAGUAGGCUUUUGGGUCUUGGGUACCCGAAGAUUGAGAGCUUCUACUCACCCCGGAGACUGCACCCGGCAGCUCUGCGGCUAUCAUCAUGCCACAAAAUGAAUACAUUGAAUUACACCGUAAACGUUAUGGAUACCGUUUGGAUUACCAUGAGAAAAAGAGAAAGAAGGAAAGUCGAGAGGCUCAUGAACGUUCAAAGAAGGCAAAAAAAAUGAUUGGCCUGAAGGCUAAGCUCUACCAUAAACAGCGCCAUGCUGAGAAAAUACAAAUGAAAAAGACUAUUAAGAUGCAUGAAAAGAGAAACACCAAACAAAAGAAUGAUGAAAAGACUCCACAGGGAGCAGUGCCUGCCUAUCUCCUGGACAGAGAAGGACAGACUAGAGCAAAAGUACUUUCCAACAUGAUUAAACAAAAGCGAAAAGAAAAGGCGGGAAAAUGGGAAGUCCCCCUUCCCAAGGUUCGUGCCCAGGGAGAAACAGAAGUAUUAAAAGUGAUUCGAACAGGAAAGAGAAAAAAGAAGGCCUGGAAGAGGAUGGUUACUAAAGUCUGCUUUGUUGGAGAUGGCUUUACAAGAAAACCACCUAAAUAUGAAAGAUUCAUUAGGCCAAUGGGCUUACGUUUCAAGAAGGCCCAUGUAACACAUCCUGAACUGAAAGCCACGUUUUGCCUACCAAUACUUGGUGUGAAAAAGAAUCCGUCAUCCCCACUGUAUACAACUUUGGGUGUUAUUACCAAAGGUACAGUCAUUGAGGUGAAUGUCAGCGAGUUGGGCCUUGUAACACAAGGAGGCAAAGUGAUUUGGGGGAAAUAUGCCCAGGUUACCAAUAAUCCUGAAAAUGACGGAUGCAUAAAUGCGGUCUUACUUGUUUGACAACAGUUUUACACUCCUUGGAAUUAUUAUAAGACUACAAAUCAAUCAGGAAAACCACCAUUACUGCACAGUGAUGGUUCUGAAUACUACCAAACAGCCUUACGUAUCUGCAGUCAUUAAGAACUAUAUAUUAAACUGUUUAAAAAAAAAAAAAAACAUUAAAAUGAGGGAGUUUGCAGGUUGUUCUUUAUUUGGGGGUUUAUGUUAAGGGUUUACAUGUUUUUAAGAUUCAACAAUUGAAAAAGCAAACCCAUAAAUACCAGUAUCUGCAUUAAAGAGUGGAUAUUCAGCAAUGCAGAUCUGUCAUUUCGGAAAAAACCACCAGUAUAACUGAAAAAAUAUCUAAGAGAAAAACAGGCUAUACAAUGUAGAAAAAAUUCAGACCUCUUAGAUAAAUCUUUUCAGUGAUCUUGUUCAGUAAGUAAAUUAACAUACUUUUUUAUGUUAGCAUUUUCUAUAUUCUGUAUAUAUGCUUGUGCUUUCAGAAUGGUACUAAAAAUUUUGGAUAAUUCCACUUAGUUUUCAUUAAUGCCCCAAAGAGAAAAUUAUUUGCAAUUAAUUGGUUAAUGUAAAUAAAAAGGUCAUGUUUUAGGGUUCUAAUUCAA